AUGCCUUCAAAUUCCCUGCGCGAUAACGUCUCCCGCCGCAAGGAUGCCUCUCCCCUCGGCAGAGGCAUCUUCAUCGGGCUUCGUGCCCUAGAUGUCUGGUGGCAACACCAUCUACUCACCCGCGGAUGGGCUACACGAGCCAUCGAAACGCUUGGGGGUCAAGCAGUCUCAACAAGCCAUAUUAUAUCUUCUACAAACUUUACGGGCCUUCAACCUUACUAUGGUCUCGUGAACCUGCUCUCCCUUGGCAGCAGCAUCAAGCAGAUUGCGACCAUGAUCUUCAUUUCCGAGCAAGAGACCCCCGUGGCCUCCGCCAUCAUUGUCGCCGCAUUCAACACUAUCAUCAACUCCGUGAACACUCUUCUGUCUGUUUGGGCCGUGACCUCCCAAGUGCCCAGCACCCUAUCUUCCAACAACUCUUCCAACUUCUUACUCGCAAAUCCUCUUGUUGCCGUGGGCGCAGGCGCAUACCUCAUCGGCAUCCUAACUGAAGCAGUCUCCGAAUUCCAACGGACAGCUUUCAAAAAAGACCCCGCCAACAAAGGCAAGCCUUAUGGCGGUGGACUGUUCUCCCUCGCCACAAACAUCAACUACGGUGGAUAUACUAUUUGGCGUACUGGCUAUGCCCUGGUCACUGGCGGCCUGCCUCUGGCGGCUAUAAACUUUUCUUUCUUCUUCUACGACUUUGCGGCCCGUGGGGUCCCGGUGUUAGACGCGUAUUUGACAGACAGGUACGGUGCUCCCCAUGCAAACGGUUAUCAAAUAUACGCAUCACCCAGGCACAAUCAACAUUUUCUAGUAAGCAUAGAAACUAUUGGAAGUAAGAAUAUGCCAUGUGGAAUUAUCGAGAUGAAGGUCGGAAUUGCAGGAAUCACGGGCAAAUUUGCCCGCCGCCUUCUCACCCACCUCCUUGACGCUGGUGACGACUCCCUGACUAUCAGAGGGUACUGCCGCAGCCCUUCGAAGCUCCCAGACUUCGUGAAAUUGUCUCCCAAGCUUGAGAUAAUUGAGGGCGCCGCGUUUGACCAGAACACAAUUGCCACCUUUGUCCAAGGCUGCGACGUUGUUGUCUGCUGCUACCUCGGCGAUGACAAGCUCAUGGUGGACGGCCAGAAGCUCCUCAUCGACGCUUGUGAGUCGGCUAACGUUCCGCGCUACGUGGCCAGUGACUGGGCACUGGAUUACACCAAAUUGAAACUGGGCGAGUUGUUCCCUAAGGAUCCCAUGAUCCACGUCAAGAACUACCUCGAUACGGAGAAGAAGAAGAUUGCCGGAGUGCACAUUCUCAUUGGUGGCUUCAUGGAGCCCAUCUUCAGUCCCUUCUUCAACAUUGUGGAUACGCAGACCAAUACUUUCUGGUACUGGGGUGAUGGUAAUGAGAUCAUGGAGGGAACGACCUACGAUGAUGCCGCCAAGUACACGGCAAAGGUGGUCUUGGAUCCAGAGGCAAAGGGUGUGUUGAAAUUUGUUGGAGGCCGCGCUACCAUCCAGGAAAUUGCCAAGUCGUAUGAGAAGGUCUACGGUACCCCGGUGAUACUGGAGAAACGCGGGUCUCUCGAAGACUUGUACAAGACCAUGCAUGACAAGCGAAUGAAGAGCCCUCAGGAUAUCUAUAGCUACAUGUCUUUGUUCUUCUACUAUUACUGGAUCAACGGGCAGACCUUUGUUGGGCCGGAGUUGGACAAUGCCCGUUAUCCGGAUGUCCAGGCAGUCGACUGGGAGGGCUUCAUGAAGAGCUGGUCUCAGGAGCAGAUUGGGACAUCUUACUUUGCGUUGAAUAUGUAG